CUUGGCGGAGGCAUCUGGGGUUCCAGGCGGGCGGCAGCUGCUGGCCAACCGCCUGGCUCGCGGGAUGGACUGGCCGCACAACCUGCUGUUCCUUCUGACCGUCUCCAUCUUCCUGGGGCUGGGCCAGCCCAGGAACCCCAAAGGCAAGAGGAAGGGGCCAGGGCGGCCUGGAACGCUGGCUUCUGGGCCUCACCAGGUGCCGCUGGACCUGGUGUCACAGGCGAAGCCGUACGCCCGCAUGGAGGAAUACGAGAGGAACCUCGGGGAGAUGGUAGCCCAGCUGAGGAACAGUUCUGAGCCGGCCAGGAGGAAGUGUGAGGUCAACCUGCAGCUGUGGCUGUCCAACAAGAGGAGUCUGUCGCCCUGGGGCUACAGCAUCAACCACGACCCCAGCCGCAUCCCCGCGGACCUACCGGAGGCGCGGUGCCUGUGUCUGGGCUGCGUGAACCCCUUCACCAUGCAGGAGGACCGCAGCAUGGUGAGCGUGCCUGUGUUCAGCCAGGUGCCCGUGCGCCGCCGCCUCUGCCCGCUGCCACCACGCACGGGGCCCUGCCGCCAGCGUGCGGUCAUGGAGACCAUUGCGGUGGGCUGCACCUGCAUCUUCUGA